AUGCAUCAGUACAUCCCCCCGCCGCCGCCCCAGCCCUCGAGCACGCCCGCUGGCCACAUCGCCCUCCCCCCGCCGCCCCCGCGACCAACGCCCUAUAGCAGCCUCGGCGGCAUCCCCAUUCCUCCUCCCCCGCAUGUCGCCAACAACUGGGGGCCCCCGAGGCCCCAGUACCAGCAGCAGGGCUACGACCCGGGCCAGUAUCGCAACUACCCCCACAACAUCCCCCCGCCGCCUGGCCCUCCGCCGCCCCAGCAGAUUCCUCUCGAGCGCGAGCCGCCUCUGACCUCGGCCACGUACAUCCCCGGCGGCGAGUCGUUUGGCCCAGGCGUCGGCAUCCCCCCGCUGCACACGUCCAGAGGCUACCCAGAGCCCUACUACCGAGACGACUCCCACUCGGCCAACACCGACGCCCCGCCCCAGCCCUUUGCCAGCACCCUACUCGAGAGCGUCCAGAGCGUGCAGUAUGGUGCCAACAAUGCCUUCAACGUGCCGCCCACGCCGAAUGCCCGGAACAACCUCAACAUCCCCACCGACCGCACCCAAGCCUAUGACUCGCCCGGCCCACCAACGGCAACCCUGCAGAACUCAAUGAUGCAGAGCCACGGCAGCGUCUUCCACCGCCCAGAAAGCAACGGCACCACACCCAUCUCCCCCCAUGAUCCCGCCAUGCAGUGGCCUGCCGAGCGCGUACAGCAAUGGCUGGCGAGCAACAACUUUUCACGAGACUGGCAGGAGACGUUUCGCACCCUGGGGCUCGAGGGCUCCAAAUUCCUCGACAUUGGGCGCGGCCACGGCAGCAAGGGAAACGUCGCCAUGAUGCACCAGGUCAUCUUCCCCCAGCUGGCCAAGCAAUGCACCGCAAGCGGCACCGGCUGGGAUCAAAACAGAGAGCGCGACGAGGGCCGCAAGCUCCGCAGGCUGGUACGCGGUAUUGUCGAAAACGGCACUACCAGCACCUUUCGACAUGCGCCGCCACGGUCGGAUACGGGCAUGACGAGCGCAGGCACCGAAGGCACCGUGGAGAAUUCACCCUACCUCGGCUCGCGCGGCAUGGACUUUGGCUCGACGCCCACAACGGCAGGCAACGGUGAAGAGAGCCCCGGCCGCCAGCUGCUGGUGCAUUCGCCUGGCGCCGCGAACCCUCCCAGGCGCAUCUCUGUACAGCAGCGCAACUUUACCGUCCCUGGCCUCGGUCCAACGCCCGACUUUUCAGAAGGACCCGCGCGCAGCCCCUACUCGCGCGAGGUCCUCCAAGGCCUCGACAUCAAGCCCGUCCGACACAGCCCGAACACGUCUUCUGAAUUUGGCCCGUCGUCGCUGGGCACGGGAAACCACCGUCAGGCCAGCCCGCAGCAUAGCCCAGCGCUGCAAUCCGCCCGCCUCGCGACCAACGGCCAGCUCAGCGCAGGCCCAACCUCCCAAGGCUCCCGCUACUACUCGCCCCACAAUCGCGUCAACAGCGCCGAGUCGAUCAACUCGACCUUUGCAAACACGGGUUCAGGCCCGCCCUCGGGCAGGUCGUUUGACGGCCGCUCGGAAAGUCGCAAUGAGAACCGCAAGAAUGGAUGGGAAGGCACGCGAUCCAACACAAUGCUGGACAACAUGCCCACCAGCGCCAAGGAGCACGACAAGGGGUUUUUCAAGAAAAUCAUGGGCGGGAGGAAGAAGGAAAACCAUCCGUCGGGGGAUGAUACUAGUCUAGAUUCGCCGACCAGCCCGGCAAGCCAUCGCACUCACCCCAACGGGUCCCUGUUUGGAAAGUCCACCAUGAACUCGAGUGAAACAUCGCUGAACGAGCGCCCGCCAUCCCGACGCUCUGCCCAGACCGACUCGGACAACCGCGCCGCCGGCCGCGGCCACGGCCACGGCAAGCACGAUCGAAGAUAUGCCUUUGUCACGCCCGAUGGCUGGAACUAUCGCCUAGUCGACAUCACAAACGUGGAUUCGGCGGCUUCAUUACGGACCCUAUGCUGUGAGGAACUAAUCCAAGGGCUAAGUCAGAUGCCCGGCGUCGAGCUGCACCUUACCGUUCCCGGCCAGUAUGAACACGAUCGUCCCCUCUCCGACUCGAAGCUGCUGAAGGCUCGGUCGCAAUACGGGAACAAGGUCGGUGAGUUGAAGAUCUUUGUGAAAAUACCCCAAGAAGGCGCGGCUUCGUCUUCUUCUGGGCUGGGUGUCUCGCUGUCCCAACCAUCGGCCAAGGCGGCGGCGGCGGCCGCCGUCGACGACGAUGCCUCCCAGCUCGACUCGCCUGGUGCGAAAUCGGGAGAAUCCACUCUGGUCCCAGACAAGAGCGCAGCUCUUCGCAAAAUGGCAGAGAAGAACGAGCUUCUGCCUAGUGACGCGGCCGACCGGUCGCAUAGCGGUAAUAGCAGUAGCAGCAAUGGCAGGCCACCAGAGUCGCCCUGGGAGCCGCGCGAUGACUUGGCCGAGGAAGAGCGUCGGAAGCUGCUUGAAGCAGCCGCAGAAGAGCAUCGACGCGAAACGAAGCGGAAGCAGGAGGAAUAUCUCAAGUCGCGUUUCCCCAGGUCCAAUGGCCACAGUCCUGAUCUGACUCCCGCUGCAAGUGACAGCCUUGGUUAUCGAAGCCAACGGGUUAUUGACUUUGAUGAACCGCGCGCGUCGCCUUACGAGGACCUCAAGAAGCCCUUUGACGAUCAACAGCGCAAGCCCAAGCAGCUCGUUCCCUUGAGAGAGCCGCCGCCCGUGCCAGCAGACACGAGCACGCUUUUGAAGGCUAACUCAUUAUCAAGGAGCAAAAACAGGGGCUCGUGGCCAGAGAGCGACGACGGCCAAUCAAAGCACCUUACGGUAGAUUCACAGGGUGAGAAACGAAAAGCGAUACCCCAGGGCGCAGGCGGGCUGGGUGGCAUCGCGGCCGCGAUCAUUGGAGCAGGCAAUCUAGGCGCGGGCAUUGGGGCGGCCAACAGAGCACCCAACAAAGGUCCAGUACCUCCACCAAAAGAUGACGCUUCACCAGAGGCUCUCCGACCCUCACAGCAGAUACUGCAGGAAAAUGGCUUCGGGGCCAGGCCCGGUUCUGGCAGGAACAGUCCAGGUGGGUCCCCCCGCAGCCCUGGCGAAUUUACCAUGAGCAAAGGCAAUAUACCGUUCAGAAUACCUGACUAUGAAGAAGCUUUCGGCGAUGACGCCUCCUCGUUUGACCGGACAGACCUUGCCCUUUCGAUGCCAAACUCGGCAGUCUCCAAGCCCAGGGACGAGCGCUCUCGGUCGCCAGGCCGCAGCCCUCACACGGCCGCAGCCCCGGACUAUUCCCUUACUAGAGAGCCAUCACGCGUGUCCAUCUAUGGCCCGACGCAUGAUUUCGAAGAGGCCAGAGUCUCUUUUAUUACAAAGUCCCCCAACCUGGAUCCAAUGGAUGCAGAUGAUGAUGAUUCUGAUGACGGCCUGUUCCAAGCACCGCUCGCCGGACGAGCCGGUCCCCCUCCUCCUGCAAAAGACACUCCCGUUUCCCGAAUGGCUUCGCGUAGUCGAAGGCCCAAUCUCACACUCAAGACUCAAAGAUCAAAGAAUUCGCUAGCCCAGGUCAUGGAAAAGUCUGCCGACCAGAGCGCGACUGGCGACCAUGAGUCGCAGCAAAGCGACUGGCACCCUGAAUCAGCUGCAUCCACAACCUGGACCGACUCUCCAGACGACACCAACAAAUUCUCACGCCGUGAAUCGUUUGCCAGUGAUGUCUGGGCAAACCGUCCCCCAGCCGAGGCCCUUGUAGACCACCUUGACGAGCUCUUUCCCAACGUUAAUCUUGACCAGCCCAUGCUUGAGGAGGAGGAGACAGAUGCAAUUGUUGAGUCAAUCCCUGAAAACAAGCCUCUUCCAGCAGAACCUAUCAAUGCGAAUGGAACUCUGCACCGCGGUGGUACUGGCCUACAGUCGAUUGCCCAACGUAACAUGCGCAAGUCGGGCGUGGGCUUGGGGCGCACAAAAUCCAUUCGUGAAGUCGUCAAGUCGCAAUAUCAGCCACUGGAAAACAGGCCUCUGCCAGCAGGACCAUCACGCGUGGCUACCCUGCGCAAUGGUGGUGAUAUUAUAAGGAGAAAGUCUACAAAGAUGUUCAACGCCAGGACUGAGCAAGUCCGCCCACAGCGUGGCUCACGACUCGUCAUGGAAACAAUACCCCAGGACCAUCUACCCAGCAUGCCGUCUCGCCAGCCAACGUUCAAAUGGAUGAAGGGUCAGCUCAUUGGCAAGGGCACGUUUGGCCGUGUCUACCUGGGUAUGAACAUUACGACUGGUGAGCUGAUUGCUGUCAAGCAAGUCGAAGUCAAUGCCAAGGCCGCCGGGUCCGACAAGGACAAGAUCAAGGAACUGGUCAAGAGUCUGGAUCAGGAAAUCGAUACCAUGCAGCAUCUCGACCACCCCAACAUUGUGCAGUACCUUGGUUGCGAGCGCAAGGAAUAUAGUAUUUCCAUCUUUUUGGAGUACAUUUCUGGUGGCUCGGUAGGCUCAUGUAUUCGCAAGCACGGCAAGUUUGAAGAGAGCGUCGUCUCUUCUCUUACGCGACAGACGCUGCUCGGUCUCUCGUACCUCCACCGCGAAGGCAUUCUGCACCGCGACCUCAAAGCCGACAACAUCCUGCUCGAUCUCGACGGAACAUGCAAAAUCUCCGACUUUGGCAUUUCCAAAAAGACUGACAACAUCUACGGCAAUGACGUGACAAACAGCAUGCAAGGAUCGGUCUUUUGGAUGGCGCCCGAGGUGAUCCGGUCGCAGGGCCAAGGCUACUCUGCCAAAGUAGACAUUUGGUCACUCGGAUGCGUGGUGCUUGAAAUGUUUGCGGGCAAGCGGCCGUGGUCCAAGGAAGAAGCCAUUGGCGCCAUCUACAAGCUGGGCAGCCUCAACCAGGCGCCUCCGAUUCCCGAGGACGUGAGCCGAGUGAUUGGCGUCGAGGGCCUGAGCUUCAUGUACGACUGCUUUACGAUUGAUCCCAUGGAGCGGCCGACGGCAGAGACGCUGCUGCGGGCGCCGUUUUGCUUUUCCGACCCCAACUACAAUUUCCUGGAUACCGAGUUGUAUGCCAAGAUCCGGGGGGCCUUUCAGUAG